UCCCGGCUGCCGGUGCCUCCCUGCUCCAUCCUCCCGUGGACGCGGGCGCCGCCGCCGCUGCCUCGCUGCUGCUCCACGCUGCUGCUGCCCCUCAGGCCCGGAGGUUUCAGAAUGGAAAAUUUUGAUGCAUCCCUCAGUACCUAUUUCAGGGCAUGGCUGGGCCCCCGAGAUACCCGAGUAAAAGGGUGGUUUCUUCUGGACAAUUAUAUACCUACAUUUGUCUGCUCUGUCAUUUACCUACUCAUUGUAUGGCUGGGACCUAAAUACAUGAAGAAUAGACAGCCGUUCUCUUGCCGGGGAAUUUUAGUGGUAUAUAACCUUGGACUCACCUUGCUGUCUCUCUACAUGUUCUAUGAGUUAGUGACGGGAGUAUGGGAGGGCAAGUACAACUUCUUCUGCCAGGGCACGCGCAGUGCGGGAGAAUCAGACAUGAAGAUCAUCCAGGUCCUCUGGUGGUACUACUUCUCCAAACUCAUAGAAUUCAUGGACACGUUCUUUUUCAUCCUGCGCAAGAACAACCACCAGAUCACAGUCCUGCAUGUCUACCACCACGCCUCCAUGCUCAACAUUUGGUGGUUUGUGAUGAACUGGGUCCCCUGCGGCCACUCUUACUUUGGUGCCACACUUAACAGCUUCAUCCAUGUCCUCAUGUACUCGUACUAUGGUCUGUCUUCUGUCCCCUCCAUGCGUCCGUACCUCUGGUGGAAGAAGUACAUCACUCAGGGGCAGCUGAUUCAGUUCGUGCUGACAAUCAUCCAGACCAGCUGUGGGGUCCUCUGGCCGUGCUCUUUCCCUCUGGGAUGGUUGUAUUUCCAGAUUGGAUACAUGAUUUCCCUAAUCGCUCUCUUCACAAACUUCUACAUUCAGACUUACAACAAGAAGGGGGCCUCUCGGAGGAGAGACCACCUAAAGGACCACCUGAACGGGUCUGCGACUGUUGUGAACGGACACACCAACACCUUCUCUUCCCUGGAAAACAAUGUGAAGCCCCGGAAGCAGCGAAAGGAUUGAAGCGGCAGAGCUGAGAACAUGCAGACCCCACCAUGUGAUCGUAAGCACAAUUGUGUUGUGCCUGACGCUCCUUAACAGCUGCUGGAACUAGUCCAGUCUACAAUAGUGUGAUUCAUGUAGGACUUUUUCAUCAGUUCAAAACCCUCGAAUACGUCACAGAUUAUACAAGUAGGCAUAAGAUUUCUCACAUUUCUGGGCUCUCAUUGACCCCCCGCGCUAGACUGUGGAAAGGGAGUAUAUUGUAGUAUAUGACACUGCUGUUGCCUUAUUAGUUAUAACAUGAUAGGUGCUGAAUUGUGGUUCACAAUUUAAAAACACUGUAAUCCAGACCCUUUUUUUUUUUAAACUGUAGAUCAUGCAUGUGAUUGUAAAUGUAAAUUUGUAUAAUGUUGUUACAGUAGAAAAACACACAUGCCUUAAAAUUUAAAAAGCAGGGCCCAAAGCUUAUUAGUUUAAUUAGGGUAUGUUUCAAGUUUGUAUUCAUUUGUAAUAGUUCUGUUCAGAAAAAUCAAAGACCAUGAUUUAUGAAAUGAAUGUGAGAUACGUAACUUCAAGUGGACUUGUAGAUGCAAAGUCAGAAACGGCACCUUCAGUUUUGUAAUGCUGGCUUUCAAUCCAGCAGGCUCAAAUCUGGUGGAACAGUCAGUUUAACUUUUUAACAGAUCUUAUUUUUUUAUUUUGAGUGCCACUAUUAAUAAUGUAAAAAAAAAAAAAAGCAGAGAGAGGAACUCUAAAGCAGUCUUGGUGAAACUUAAACAUAUAUUCUUUGUCCUCAAGAUUCUAGGAAGAGUGUAGGGUACAUAGGCCAUUUUUAAUUUCAGAAGCGCUAAGUGGAUUUAUACAGGGAACAAAAAGUCCAUUUUGCUUUCCACCUGUGCAAGAGAGGAUAUGCACUUUCCAGGAGAGGUGUUGAAUGUCAACCAUUUGACAGAGUCCCUUAGAUGAACAAUGGGGAGCUGGUUACUGGGGUCCAAAUUUGGAUUGGUUUCCAUACUGCUAUCUGUUUUGACACAAAUUCCUUUUAAAUGUGCCUAAUUUACCAGAAUUUGCAAAGGAAGAAGAAAGAACCUUUAAAAAAAACUAAGGUAAAAUUAAACAGAUAGUACAGCAUAAGAGAUCUGGGCAGUUGGACAGUGAUACCUUGUUUAAUGUAAGUCUUUUAGCAUCUGUAAUUUUCUUCUGCUUAGAAUCUAAAGAUUUGUUUAGAUCCGCUUAAGAGUAAUAGACUGCUUGUCGUAAAGUCAUGUCUCACACACUUGAGGCAGUGGUCAAACAGGUAAGGACUAUUACGUGUAUCAUUUUAAAGUGUUAGAGUUUAGCCUCUGAAUAUCUUCUCCAUUGGAAAAAAAAAAAUUCAUUGAACCACUAGUGACACAUCUUACAGAAGGUCAUUGACAAUGUAUAAACUAGUUGUGGGUUUGAUAUUUAUGUAAAUAUCAGUUUACCAUGCUUUAAUUUUGCACAUUCAUGUUACAAGGAGCCUGCGGGUUCUCUUACUAGUCUUGUGGGUUUUCUGUUUGGAAGGAGUCACAGCAUCUGUUUACACUUACCUUAUCAAACCUAGAAUGUGUAUAUUUGUAAAUGUAUGUCCUCAUUCCUAGGUACUAGUUUGCAGAUGUCUUUCCAUUCUUCAGUACAGAAACUAUAACACUCACUAGUGUGCUGUCAAAGUGUGCUUAGCUCAUCUGGAUACACCCGCACUGUCAAAUAAUGUCUAAGCAUUAGUCAUUAAAGCAUUUUUGAUUACCAGUG